UGUAACAUGAUCCCAUGUACUGGAGCUGUGAUGGAAGUCCAUUAUUACUGCUAGCCGUUCUUAGAGUUGCUCAAACUGAGAACUGAGAAGCCUUUUGUACAUGAUCCUCGCUCUUUGACAAUUUCUGUGGCUUUGUAGUUCCAUAAUUACUGCCCCUGAUGGCACAGUGCCCCAAAAAUGAAUACUUUGAUAAUUUGCUGCUCUCUUGUACUCCUUGUCACCUCCGGUGUUCCAGUGCACCACCGCCCUCCUGUGAAAGCUACUGUGAGAAGAGUACCGAUUCAAGUGGAAUUCUUUGGAUUUGUUUGGGCAUAGGGUUGAUUUUAAUAUUCACUCUGUUUACCUUAAUGGUCUUGUUUAAAUGGAAGCACCUAAAACAACUGAAAGAAAAACUGGAAAACACAGACUCCUCUGUGGAGCCGAAUAAUAUUCUCAAGGCUAAUACUGAAAGCAGUGUGAAUAGAGAAGAAAUGAGACACACACUUCCAAGUGAAACAUUAAUGUAUUCAGUGGAAGAAUGCACUUGCAGUGACUGUGGCUUGGUGAAACCUCAGACUGGCUGUGAAACUUCAUUUCCAUUACCAGCUACUGAAGAACGAGCUACUGUUCUAGUUACCACCAAAUCUUUUGAUUGUUACAACUAUGUUCUGGGUGUUGGAUGACUGGGAGGGAAGUGUAUUUGUACUGAGUAAUAAUAAAUGAGUUAUUCCAGUAUAGCUGUAAACCUUAAUACUUGCAGUCAGUGGAGAAGGUAGUACAUCAUCCUUGGGGGUCUCCCAUUGUACUUGCAUUAAUAUUGUCAUUAUUUCUAAUUCUAGUAUUUCAUUAGUCAAGUAUUUCUACAGUAUUCUCAGGCACUCAACUAGUUCUUGGAAUUUUUAAUUUCAGAAAGUCCUUACACAGGCCAGCUUUUUCUGCCUUUAGAGAUUGUACCUACUUACAGCAAAUACAGACAAAAUAAACAAGUUUGCAAAUAUAUAUGUUCAUGUUAGACUCAGAUCUUGUGCCAAAAAUUACUUGAUGGUACACAAGGACUGUUCCAAGAGGCAGAAAUGAAGACCUACAAUACAUCCCCA